AUGUAUAACCUGGUAAAUCCCUACUUGCAUCAUUUCAGAGACAUAAUUGUUCAUGAUAAGAAAAUGCUAAUGUUGGCGGACAAUGGGAAUAUUUAUGACCUGGUCACCCACAAAAAAAUUUUAGAAAUAGACGGAUCUGCCGAUGUGGCCGCUUUGAAGGAUGAUAAACUGGUUAUGGUGGUGGACCGGUAUGUGCAUGUGUACAACUUGAAAACGAACGAGCGCCAAGUUAUCGACAAGCAGAUCGGUGAGUACUCGACCGCGAUCUAUUAUAACGAAGUGCUUGCGAUUGGAGAUGAGAGCGGUAAAAUUUGGCUGUUCGAUGAGAGUUUUGCGUUUCUAACAGCAUUUAGAGCUGGCAAGGACAAAAUACCUGUUAUUGCGCACAAUGACACCGGGGUUGUGGCGGUUUCACACUCCGGCGAGUUCACCCUGUACGAUUAUAAAGGAAACAGCCUGGUUACAAAGCAGUUCGAUUCCAAGCUUACGGCUAUGGCGGUACAAAGGACGAAAAGUAGCACGAGAAUUCUGCUGGGCGACGAAAACGGCUUCGUAUACUUCGUAAACGAGGACCUCUCAUACAAACGGAUCCGGAUAAGCGAUGGAGAGAUCGAGUACCUCUACUACUACGACAGUAUUUAUUGUAUAACGGAAGGAUUUGUGAGAAAAAUUAACGAUAAGGGAGCAGAAAAGAUCUACGGGACAGUGUGCUCCGUUCCUACAAAGGUUUUUAGUUGCAAUAAGAAGGUUUUCUGUACAUCGGUGUUGGUGGGCAUACAGCCCAUUGUGGAUAGAAAGAACGAUUUCUACGACAGGAUCAUGAAAUUUUAGCACGAUAGAACAUGCAUACGAUAAUAAAUAAAACAGUGA